AUGGCAGAACAUGGUGAUGGCGGUCGCUGCAAAAGUCUCCCCUUUCCGAGUGACAUAGGCUUGCACCAGACGAACUACGUCAGGUGGUUGCCAUAUGAUAUAUGGAUGCCCGAGCUCCCUCUACAUAUAAACGAAGGUGUACGCCAGUGGACUGCAGCCCAAAAGAGGUCGAGAUUCGAUCGAGAGCAGUGGCUGAAAAUGGAUCAGAGGAUGAUCAUCGUGUGCUCGGCCGUCGGUUCUCUCGGGUUGCUGAGUGCCAUCCUGGGGUUCUCAGCCGAGGGCACAAAGCUCAAUGUUUGGGACUUGGUCCAGGAUGGAACGGCGUGCUAUAACCCGCAGAACCCGGCGGCCGGGCUCGGGGCCUGCGCAGCCAUCUUUCUGGUCAUAGCCCAGAUCACCUUCGCAGCCGUCGGCGGGUGCUGCGGCUGCUGCAAGUCACGCGCCAUCCCUUCCGAGACCAAACGGAUCAUCGGCGUCGUCUGCGCCGUUUCCUCAUGGAUCUUGGCUAUAAUCGCGUUCGGGCUACUGGUGGGGGGCGCGGCGUCGAACGCCCCCGGGGGCCGGGUUGAGCACGGGCUGUGCGACGAACCCAUGGACGGCCUCUUCGCCGGCGGAGCCGUGCUCUCGUUCGUCGCCACGGCCCUCGGGAUCGCCUCCUACGUCAUGCUCCGAACGCAGCCGGCCGCCGCAGCCACGCCCAAGGAAAGCGAGAAGAUGCCGCCGGGCGCCGCCGGGAUCGCGAUGGGGCAGCCGCAGUUCCCGCAGCAGCCUUCUCCCCAGGGGCAGGGGUACGGGCAGGCGCCGCAGCCGAACUACCCGCAGUACUCUCCGCCGCCCCAGGGGCAGGGUUACGGCCAAGCGCCGAACGCUCAGUUCCCUCCUGCCUCUUCUCCUCCAUACGGCCAGGCGCCCAACCCGCACUACCCCCCUCCUCCGGCACAAGGCUACGCGCAGCACCAGCAGCAGCAGCAGUUCCCCCUUGCCCCUGCGCAAGGCUACGGAGCGCACGCGCCGAACCAGCAGUACCCUCCUCCCGCUCAUGGCUACGGAGCGCACGCGCCGGAGCAGCAGUUCCCCCUUGCUUCUCCGCCUCCUGCUCAGUUCUAUGGGGGGCCGCACACGCUGAACCAGCAGGCCCCGCCGCCUCCCAAGGGAGACGAACAGGUGUAACGCGCGCCUUCUGAUCAACCAUUCCAUGGAUGGAUCAUGCACUCGCGCUAUGUUCUGUGAUCUGAUCGUUAUUGUGAACGUAACAUGUUUACCUCUAUCGCUUCCGGAUGCAUUGUAUCCUCGUGUUACUUUCAGAGUACCAGCAAAUUUUUGUUUAAUGCUUCACGUUUGCAGUUGA